GAUUGGACAGUUACGAUAAAGUGCUCAAGYUGUUUUCCAUUGCUCGUAUCGAAUUUGGAGAAACCUUAUCGUCGUUCGAACUCCUGGACAACAUGGCUGUGACGUACGUGGAAAGCAAACUUCAUCUCCCGUGUCCAAUCACUAAUGUCCAUCCGUUCUAUGUACUCAUCGAACUCGCUUCCAGUCAACAGACUGUCGGCCAACACAUGGAAAAUGUUUUGGAAAAAGCUCUCGGUAACUCGGUGAUCUCCGAUGCCACAACGACCGAUCAGAUGUCCAGCAUACACAAAAUAUGGAAAGUUCGGGAAACAGUAAUUGAAGCAUUAUUAAAGUUGGGCUACGUUUACAGCUUCGAUAUAUCAAUACCUAUAAACCGGUUUUAUGAAAUUGUUGAGUUAACUCGGGAAAAACUUAASGACAAUAGGAAUGUCAAAACCGUUUGUGGAUUUGGUCACAUAG